CGUGCAGGUCUUCAUUUCCACAGGGGAACAUUUAUAACGCAGUAUAGGUGUGGAGCAGGGUUACAUUUAUUUGACUUAGCUGCUUAUGUUUAGUAGUUUUCUGGUUUGAAGCGAAGCAGAUUUUCUGGAUGAAAUGAAACAAAAUGGGAUGGUGUCAGGAAAGGAGCACAGUCAGCUGACUUGGAGGAUUAUUCCCAGAACAAUGCAACUCCUGCUGUGUUGCUCUCUGCUUGGCCACUCUCAAGGUACAUCUUUCCAUGAGGAUUGUUCUAUAAUUUGCCUGCUUGCGAUGUGUUUGGAUCACAAAGGGUGCAUGGACUACAGUUGCCAGGAGCUCUCAAGUGGAGAAAUGCAACGUCUAUCAGGAAUGAAGCAAUCGGAAAUGGGAAUGGAACCUCUGUCCAACUGCACGGAUCUUGACAGGUGGCUACAUGGAUGUUGCGUAAAAAUUCCUAACAUUUCGGCUGAAUGUUUAUUGCAACAGAUUUCUAGGAAUAAAAAGAACGUAUGUUUGUACCAGAAGAAGUGUCAUCAGAAUCCAAGCCCACGGAUUUCUACGAAACACUGCCUGAGACUGGCACAUCAGCAUUGGCUCUUGGAUUACACUCGUUACCCCUGUCCCAUUGCUCACUUUUGUCCAAAGGGAACAGGGUCUCUUGGGGAUGAACAACUUCCUAAGCCCUGUCCUCCAGGCACAUACAGAGACGUUGAACAGGGAACAGAUAUUCUUGACUGUUGGCCAUGCCCAGCUGGAACAUAUAGGCUGAUCAAAGCAGCUAUGAGCUGCAUCCAGUGUGAUCCCGGGAUGUUCUGUCCGGAGGGAACACAAAACCAAACCCUCUGCCCAGCAGGAGAAAUAGGAGAAUUUUCCAAACAGCAAAACUCAUCCUUUUAUGCUGGGGUUUCUGUGGAAUAA